CGUCGCCAGUUUGUUAACUUGCCUUCAGCAGUGUACACGCUUUUUUUAAACGAUUCUAAACUAAUACAACUAUUUGUCCGAGAUUCAGAAAUCGAGAAUAAGUUGAAUAGAAAUGGAGACCGAUAAUAACAGUCUUGAAUGGAAUAUCCGAACUUUAAUGGUGUCAUUAUUUCAAGCUGCUUUCAGCGAAAUAGAAGCUAACAUUAUGUCUGGUGCACAAACAGUUAAUCAUAACGAGACAGAAAUGCCAUUGAAAAACAAAAUAGAAGAAAUAACAGUCGACGAUGAAUGUGCUGCUUUUUACAAAUCCGUUAGAGAUGCUGAAUAUAAUAAACUCGUUGACGCAUAUGCCAGAGAAAAUAUGACCAAAGAAGAGAAGGAAAGAAAUAAGAUAGUAAGAGAACAAGAACAGAUUAUUUCAGCCAAAGAAAUAACAGACGACGAUGAAUGUGCUGCCUUUUACAGUAGACUUGUUGAUGCAUAUGCUAGAGAAAAGAUGAUCCAAGAAGAAAAGGAGAGAAAUAGGAUAGUAAGACAACAAGAACAGAUUAUUUCAGCCAAAGAAGUAACAGACGACGAUGAAUGUACUGCCUUUUACAAAUCCGUCAGAGAUGCUGAAUACAGUAGACUUGUUGAUGCAUAUGCUAGAGAAAAGAUUAUCCAAGAAGAAAAGGAGAUAAAUAUGAUAGUAAGAGAACAAGAACAGAUUAUUUCAGCCAAAGAAAUAACAGACGACGAUGAAUGUGCUGCCUUUUACAAAUCCGUCAGAGAUACUGAAUACAACAGACUUGUUGAUGCAUAUGCCAAAGAGAAAACUAUCAAAGAAGAAAAGGAGAUAAAUAUGAUAGUAAGAGAACAAGAACAGAUUAUUUCAGCCAAAGAAAUAACAGACGACGAUGAAUGUGCUGCCUUUUACAAAUCCGUCAGAGAUACUGAAUACAACAGACUUGUUGAUGCAUAUGCCAAAGAGAAAACUAUCAAAGAAGAGAAGGAAAGAAAUAAGAUAGUAAGAGAACAAGAACAGAUUAUUUCAGCCAAAGAAAUAACAGACGACGAUGAAUGUGCUGCCUUUUACAAAUCCGUCAGAGAUGCUGAAUACAACAGACUUGUUGACGCAUAUAACAAAGAGAAAACUAUCAAAGAAGAAAAGGAGAGAAAUAGGAUAGUAAGAGAACAAGAACAGAUUAGUUCAGCCAAAGAAGUAACAGACGACGAUGAAUGUGCUGCCUUUUACAAAUCCGUCAGAGAUGCUGAAUACAACAGACUUGUUGACGCAUAUGCCAAAGAGAAAACUAUCAAAGAAGAAAAGGAGAGAAAAGGGAUAGUAAGAGAACAAGAACAGAUAAAGAAACAAUUUGAAGAAUUCUGGAAACCAGCCACCGACAUUGGCUCACUGCGGCGUGAUUCCCAGGAGCCAAAAGACUAUAAAGAGAAGGCUUUGACUUCACAACAAGAACGAGAAGAACCGUAUCUUAAAGAGGAACAAGUAGAGAUAAGACAACCAGGACCCUUCCUUUCACCGGCGAGAGAAGAAAGAAUAAACUCAUUUGUGAGAGAACAGCAUUACAAUUAUCAAAGCUUCCAAAGAACAGACAUGUGGAAUGCAGAGAUCAACAAAGAACUAGACGGAUCAUUAAUAAGUGAAACUGUUCCCACGAAGAAGGGACCUCUUCAGUGGAUAGUCAACAAAGUAUUUAAGAGAAGCAAGCCUUCAACAAAAGACAUCAUUGAUAAACAGCUUGCGUUAAAGGAAGAACUAAAGUUGGAUUUGUCGAAAUUAGAUGACGAAACAGAGGAUGAAGAUAUACCUGACACAUCAAGGACAUCAGACAGUGAAUGGUUCAGUAUUAGUUUAAGUGACACAGAGGAAACUCCAAGACCACAUUUAAAGCCAUUCUUUUCAUCAGUAUUAGAAGAAACACAUGUUUCGACGAUUACUAGUAAAACAAAAGAAUCUGCAAUAGAAAUAGAAGUUGACUUUCAAUCCAAACCUAAAAGUGGAUUCACGAGCUUUCGACAAUGGUUCUGUCAACUAUUUUGUUGUCAUAGCAAACCUGAUGAAGAUUUUGAACAUUGAUUAUAAUUAUUUUCGUUUUUUAUUUGUUUAUUUAAUAAAUCUUUUAUUUUUG